GUAGGAAGUGCGAGAGCAGAGCUGAGCCUGUGGUGGAGCUGGUGGUGGCUGUGCGGCGCGCGGCAGGCUGGGGCGAUGGCCGAGAAGUUUGACCACCUGGAGGAGCACUUGGAGAAGUUCGUGGAGAACAUUCGGCAGCUCGGCAUCAUCGUCAGUGAUUUCCAGCCUAGCAGCCAGGCCGGGCUCAACCAGAAACUGAAUUUUAUUGUUACUGGCUUACAGGAUAUUGAUAAGUGUAGACAGCAACUUCAUGAUGUCACUGUACCUUUAGAAGUGUUUGAAUAUAUAGAUCAAGGUCGAAACCCCCAACUCUACACCAAAGAGUGCCUGGAGAGGGCCCUCGCUAAGAAUGAGCAAGUGAAAGGCAAGAUCGACACGAUGAAGAAAUUUAAAAGCUUGUUGAUUCAAGAGCUUUCUAAAGUAUUCCCGGAAGACAUGGCGAAGUAUCGAAGCAUCCGGGGGGAGGAUCACCCGCCCUCCUAACUGCUCACCCUCUGUGAAGAUCCCGCCGAGUCCUCUGUGAGUCGCCGUGACCAUGAGUGCCGACGCUGCCUUCCUGCUGACCCGGGACGGGGCUGGACCCGUCCCUCAGCCCCUCUGUCCUGUCGUUUGACCUGGGGAUGGCAGGGCUGGAGGAGGAGCAGGAGCUGUGCCCCACUGACCCGGCUGUGUGCCUGUCGUUGUCCAGCCUUCAGACUGGUGACUCCGGACACUGGGACUGUCCCUCCCAUUCUCGGGGCAGGCAGGGCAGGAAAACGGUCUUGGAAUAGCUAGAUUGAUUGGUAAAUUAAAAAUUUUACCUAAUGUUUUUCAUUUUAUGUACUCUUUCUGUUCCAUUUUAUUAUGGUGUGAGAAAGCUAUAAAAAAUAGGAAAAGUUAAAAAGAAAAAUUGGUUUAAUGUGGGAAUUACUUAAGUUGGUUUUGUAUUGUACAUUUUCAGAUAUAGUGCAUAAAGGAUGGGUUAAAUGUAACUGCUUUCAUGGACAUACGCAUGUAAUAAACUAAGUAUGUGGCUUUUUCAUGUAA